AGCACCAACAAAAACACUGCAGGCUUGGGAGGGAGAAGCAUGGCCACCUGGGGUGGUCACCAGACAGGGGGUCACCAGCUCCAGAUACAGUCAGGAUACAUGGCACUAUUGGAGUCCAAGUAACUCUUGAAGUCCUGAGGCGUUGCUCGUGGGCCUGGCUUCCGUCUUAGCAACAUCUCUGCUCCUCCUUCCCUUGCCCCUUCCAUGUCGAGGGACUCAUUUGCUUACAGCUUUCCUGAUAGUGCUUCUUAGCAGCUGCCAGUAGAGCCGACCACAGCUCUUGGAGGUCUGACCUGAGGUUAAAACUAGACCGAAGAUCAUCUGACUCCAGCAGAAGGAUUUGGUGGCCUACGGUGGCACAGUUCAAGGCCUCAGAGCCGAGUCUUAGAAGGAGGCAUAGGAGAAGCCGCUUGCUUGUCCUGGCCAACAGCCCCAGCUUCUGUUGGGACACUAAGACUCAGAGACCACCCACCGUGUUCGGUGUGACAAGUGCCACUCAGAAAUCAUGGAGACCGCGGUGAUUGGGAUGGUGGCAGUGCUUUUUGUCAUCACCAUGGCCAUUACCUGCAUCCUCUGCUACUUCAGCUAUGACUCACACACCCAAGACCCAGAGCGCAGCUCCAGACGUAGCUUCACCGUGGCCACGUUUCACCAGGAGGCGUCGCUCUUCACGGGGCCGGCUCUCCAAUCCCGGCCACUGCCGCGGCCCCAGAACUUCUGGACUGUUGUGUGAGGUUGGCAAUUCCCUCGACAUUUAUUCUGCUAGUGGGUCAGACCCAUCUGCCCCUUCAAUAAGCAGUGUCUGGUGUCUCACUCCUCCCAGCUCUCCAUCCGUAUCCUUCUACGUUUCACAAACUUCUUGCCUCCCUCCAUUCUGGCUCGCUCUUCCCUCUCUCCCUGGGGAGCUGAGGUGUCAGGACCAGGUGUGAGUUACCUCUGAGCUGAACGAUCAGCUAGGCUCUACUCACAAUGGGGCUGAGGAGUCUGAGGAGAUGUGGAAGGAUGCUGUGUGGUAUCCUAAUGGUGGGGUAGCUCCAGACAGCUAUGGAACCUCACCGGAAGUUAGCACCCUGUCAGCGGGGUGCUGUGACAGAAGUCUAUUUGCCACCCAGGGAACCAGAGCCCUCGAGCGGACGAUUUGAAGAACUAAGUGUUUGUUAGUAUUUUUGGAUGCUGCACCGUGCCCAACCCUCAGGCUUGCUCCUGUUGCCUGAAAUCAGCCCUGAAAUUCUGAAAACAAAGAGCUGUUUUCUGGGAACAAGUGACUUAUUUUAUAAUUGAGGACGUAUAUCCUUUUAUGGAUCUUUCCAAAUCUGCUCUGGAAAACCACAAAAGGAAGCAGGAGAGAAAAAGAGAGCCACAGAGAGCACAAGGUGUUUCAUUAACAGGAAGGCCACCAAGAAGACUUUAAAACACGUUUUGAACAAGACUUGCUUUAUUGCUAUAGUCCGACAGACUGUGUCUAUUCUUAGCAAAUGUGAGUGAUUUGCGUCACUUAGGAAUGAUAGAAAAAUCGUGAACUGAAAGAUAAUUCCAAAAAAGUCAAAAUGUUGUUACAUUUCAGCGCAUGUGGAGCUGUUGAUUUUAACACAAAUAAAGGGACAUUUGUUUUUAUUAAUAGAAAA